AUGGCAAGUUGGGAUAAGAGGAAAAUAGAUUUGUUUUGCUUACAGAAACUUCUUACAGCUGCAGAAAAUGGGAAUAUAAAAAAGGUAAAAUUAUGUGUAAAGAACAGAGCUAACUUGGAAUGUAGAGAUCGUAAAUUUGGAAGGACACCAUUAACGUCAGCGGCUGUGGGAGGAAACCUGGAGGUGGUGACUUACCUGGUCACUCACGGCAGUCAGUUAGACGCUGCAUCCAAGAAUGGACAAACAGCUUUACAUCAUGCUGCUGAGUUUGGACAGAUUGAUGUAACAAAAUGUUUAAUAGAUCAAGGAUGCAGUCCUUGGGUGAAAUCAAAACAGAUUGUGAAGAAUGUGUUCUUCUUAUCGUCACAUUAUGAAGACAACUGCAAACUCUUUAUGGAAUUAUUAGAUCAUAGGGCUCACUUGAACAAACAGAAUGCUAAAUCUAGAAUUGAUCGAUAA